AUGAGAAGAAGGCCCGGGAUCCAGGGCCUGCAGCGUACCGUUCAGGCCAGGGAUCAGUACAAGGAACUAGGAAAGAAUGUUGCAGAAACAAAAUUGGAGCAGAUGCGGGCACAGAUGGCAUCCUUCAAGGAGCAUCUGGAGGAGUUUGCAUUGAAGCAUAGGGACGACAUCAGGAAAGACCCUGUCUUCAGGGCACAGUUUCACGCCAUGUGCGCCAACAUUGGGGUUGACCCUCUCGCCUCCAACAAGGGAGUCUGGGCGCAAGUACUGGGCUUCGGAGACUUCUACUAUGAGCUCGGCGUGCAGAUUGUGGAGGCCUGCCUGGCCUCAAGAUCACUCAACGGUGGCCUCAUGGACAUGCAGUCCCUCAUGCGAUAUGUGGCAAGGCGGCGGGGCUCCAAGGCGGACCCAGUGACAGAGGACGACGUGCUGCGGGCCAUCGACAAGCUGCAGGUGCUGGGCGGUGGCUUUGGCGUGGUCAAGGUGGGAGAUCGGCGGCUGGUGCGCUCGGUGCCCGGCGAACUCAACACCGACAAGAACCAGGCGUUGCUGCUCGCGCAGGGGCGCGGCCACAUCACCAAGCGCCAGCUCACUGAGGCCUACAAGUGGGAGGAGGCCAGAGUGGUGGAGACGCUCUGGAGCCUGCUGAAGGAGGGCAUUGCCAUGGCGGAUGACCAGGGCCCGGAUGGCCAGCGGCUGUACUGGUUCCCAUGCCUGGAAUCAUCCGGCAGUGUGCAGAUUGACAUGCCUGGCUGA